GUAUACAUUGCCCUGUGGAAUCGAGCUCACAUCACAAGACAGCUGGUCGGCAAAAUCGAAGUGAGGGAAGCUGUCAUUCUGGUCCCAAGUUAAAUACGGAAAAGCAUCUCAUACAACCCUCAAAAUGGCAGGUGCAAUGGACAGGGCAUCAAAACUGCCCAAAUUGAAGGAUUUUGAGUCUGAGAGUGCUCUUGGAUUUGUGUGGGGAGUCUCUGGUCCAGUGGUGACAGCCAAGCAGAUGAGUGGGUCUGCUAUGUACGAGUUGGUGCGAGUUGGUCACCAGGAGCUUGUGGGCGAGAUUAUCAGACUAGAGGGAGACAUGGCUACCAUUCAGGUUUAUGAGGAUACCUCUGGUGUGACUGUUGGUGACCCAGUGCUGAAGACAGGAAAGCCUCUCUCUGUAGAGUUGGGACCUGGCAUCAUGGGUAACAUCUAUGAUGGUAUUCAGCGACCCCUACAGGAGAUUUGUGAUCUCACACAAUCCAUCUAUAUUCCCAAGGGUGUUUCUACACCUGCCCUCUCUCGUUCUAAGAUGUGGGACUUCCAGCCAGAGCGUGGUGUCAAGGUUGGAAGUCACAUCACUGGAGGAGACAUCUUUGGUAUGGUGCAUGAAAAUUCAAUUAUUGACCACAAAGUUGUACUGCCCCCGAAAGCUCGUGGGACAGUGACCUACCUUGCUGCUCCUGGUAACUACACUGUGGAUGAGACUGUGCUGGAGGUAGAGUUUGACGGGGAGAAGCACAAAUACUCCAUGAUGCAGGUGUGGCCCGUGCGUCAGCCGAGACCAGUCAGUGAGAAGCUGCAUGCAAAUCAUCCCUUAUUAACAGGCCAGCGUGUAUUGGAUGCUCUCUUCCCCUGUGUCUUAGGAGGAACAACAGCCAUCCCAGGUGCUUUUGGCUGUGGCAAGACUUGCAUUUCCCAGGCUUUGUCAAAAUACUCCAACUCAAAUGUCAUUAUUUAUGUUGGAUGCGGAGAACGAGGAAAUGAGAUGGCUGAGGUAUUGAGAGAUUUCCCCGACUUGGAAUUGGAGUUGAAUGGCAAGAAAGACUCUAUCAUGAAGCGCACAUCUCUUGUUGCCAAUACAUCAAACAUGCCUGUAGCUGCUCGAGAAGCUUCCAUUUACACAGGCAUUACACUCUCUGAAUACUUCCGUGACAUGGGUUUCCAAGUCUCCAUGAUGGCUGACUCUACUUCUCGUUGGGCUGAGGCUCUUCGAGAAAUCUCUGGUCGAUUGGCUGAGAUGCCUGCCGAUUCAGGCUACCCUGCAUAUUUAGGUGCUCGUCUGGCCUCCUUCUACGAACGUGCUGGUCGUGUUAAGUGCUUGGGCAAUCCUGAACGUGAGGGUUCAGUGACCAUUGUGGGGGCUGUCUCUCCUCCUGGUGGUGACUUCUCAGAUCCUGUUACUUCUGCCACUCUGGGUAUCGUGCAGGUGUUCUGGGGUCUCGACAAAAAGCUGGCUCAGCGUAAGCACUUCCCCUCAGUCAAUUGGCUUCAGUCAUACUCCAAGUACAUGCGAGCUCUUGAGGAGUAUUAUGAUGCACACUAUCCAGAAUUUAUUUCAUACAGGACCAAAGUAAGGGAGAUCCUUCAGGAGGAAGAUGACCUGGCUGAGAUUGUGCAGCUUGUUGGUAAGGCUUCCCUCUCUGAUGCUGACAAGAUCACACUUGAGGUGGCCAGAAUUAUCAAGGAUGACUUCCUCCAGCAGAAUUCUUACACCCCGUAUGAUCGUUUCUGUCCAUUCUACAAGACUGUUGGAAUGAUGAGGAAUGUCAUUGCCUUCUAUGAUAUGUCGCGACAAAUUGUAAACCGCACAGCUCAAAGUGACAAUAAGGUUACAUGGCAGAUCAUUCGAGACUCAAUGGGCCAGAUUUUGUAUGAGCUGUCUUCCAUGAAGUUCAAGGAUACAUUUAAAGAGGGAGAACUCAAAGUUAAGAAAGACUUUGAUGAAAUUUAUGAGAACAUCCAACAAGCCUUUAGGAACCUUGAAGAUUAAAGGGGGAAAUAAGCUAAAUACUGUAGUGCAUUUUUCUUUUACCAAUUUUACUGAUAGCUUACUUACCCAGUGAUGUGUACCUUACAUUCUGUUGUAUAGCUCAAAAGUCAUUUUGUCAUUGAUAAGAUAUACAGUAUACCUGUACUCAUUAACAAACAUAGUUUACUAUUAAGUAAGGUGCACCUCAUUUUUGGGUAGAUGUAAAGUUAGCAGGAGAAAGAUGUCCUAUGGAAGCAUUAUCUUUGGCCAUUCCACUGCCUCAGUAUUUUGUUGUGGCAGUAAAGUGUUGUGCUCGCCCUUUUGUGGAUCAUGUGGGCCUUGUGUAAAUUUUACUUAAAAAUAGUAUUUAUAAUGUAGGGAGAGUAAAUUUUUCUGUACAGUUAUACAAUGAUAUUGUUGUUAAUAUAAGUUACUUGUGUAUAAAAUCUUUCUCUUAAUUUUUUAGCUAAGAAAGCGAGUAUGUGACUUAUAUUGGGACUGGAUGUUUGUUGUUAAUUUCACAACUGUUGUUUAGUGGCCUAGAUUAUGUAGGUUUAGUUGGUGCCAGAGGAGAUACACAUCAUGGAAUGUAUUGUCUGUGCACAAUGAAUAAUUGCCAGUAAAUUAGACAUUCCAGACUCAACAUUUGUGUAUAUUUGUGAAGUAUAUUACGAGUAAACAGAUGGAAGGGA